AUGGCAGCUGAUCCUAUCUCCAUUCUCCAGCAGGUUGAUUCUCAGAUUGAGAACAUACUCGCUGGCUGGAGCAUCUACACCACCCUCAUCGCCCUUGUUUUCGCCGCCUAUCUGAUCUCUCCCCUCUUUCUUUUCACCGAACCAGAUGUUCACCCUCUUCUCCUAGCUCGCCAAUCCUCCGCCUCCUAUGUCCGGCAACCCAAGGAGUCAGCGGUCUUUCGGUCUUUGGAGACCCCACACGGCUAUCCCCUCAAGUCUGGCUUGAAUGUUAAAGACGCUGGCCAGCCAAAAUGGACAAGUGGAAGAGAUGGGGAUCUGAGAGAUGUGUGGAAGCGAGCGGUAACGGGCCCGGUGGACGCUGAUGGCAAGCCUACCGGAGGAGAGGCAGGCAAAGUAAUCACAACGUAUGGGAAAGAAGAGGUCAUCGAGUACGACUUUGCCAAACUGUCUAGCGAGAUCAACGCCGUGGGGCAGCACAUGAAAGCGCACGGGGGGAGCCGUGUUGCUAUUCAUAUGCCCAAUUCUGUGGAGCUACUGGUGACCUUCUUUGCUUCUGCCUUCUACGGCCUAACACCAAUCUUGAUACCUCAACAACAAUCUCUCGACACGCUUGCUGGCAUUCUGGUGGAGACUAAAGCAGAUAUCUUAGUCGCUGGUGCUGGCUCACUGCCAUUGAAAGACCUGCUGCCAAAGUAUCCUAACCUCAAGCAAGUCAUUUGGGUCGUGGAGCGGACGAGCAGACACAUGGACUGGAACGAGGUGGGAGAAGGCGAAGGCGGAAAGGCGGAUAUCGCGGUCUGGCACGAUAUUAUCGACGAGAAGCAGACUUCAUCAGAGCUUCCUGAUGAAAUUUCUGAAGGUACCCUGACCAAUGUCGUGAUGGUGACAGAAGACGCCUGGAGCGCGAUGGACAGCUAUGAACUUACAGAAUUUACGCAAGCGAACUUCGUAGCGGCAAUCGGUGCCCAGAUCUCCGCUCUCCCGCGCCUCCACCGGCUCGCUCCCACAGACACCUUCACACCCCUUGCCUCUCUCGCCGAGAUGUAUCCCUUGAUCGUCACGCUCGCUGCUCUUUUUUCCCACGCCUCUCUCGCCCUCACUUCUGUCAGUGGCCCCAAGGCUUCAUACAGCGCCGCCUUCCAAGGUGCCUCUCCCACCGUCAUCAUAGCCAAUACCGAGACUCUAUCCAGCUUCUGCAAAGAUAAGGAGAGGACCAUGUCAUCCAGCCUUCUAGGGCAAUUCAACCAAUGGCGGAAAGCAAGGACGCUCGAAGCUGGCACCAUGCCAAAAGCUUCUGGUCUGACAAAUACGCCACGUUUGAUCUACACCUACGACAAAGCUGGAUCUUCGACGGUCAAGUUGGACGCGGAAGAGCUGUUCAAGUUGAAGGUCUACAGCGGUGCGAGAACCAUCUACGCUUUUACGGACUCGCAGGUCGCUGGUGCGAUUAGCCAGACUAACAUGCUGGACUACCAAAACAAAAGCGCCGAUUUUGGACCGCCGCUGAGCUCGUUGGAGAUCAAGCUUCGGGACGCAGAAGACGGCAAAAACAUUGAUGACAAACCCUUGGGUGAGCUCGUGGUCAGUGGACCUGCUGUGGUAGGGGGAGAGAAGGUCGUAAAUCAAAUCAUGACGAUGACGGAUCGUAACACUUUGGCUUAUGCGUCCUAG